AUGGCGUCCAAGGCGGCGCAAAAAGUCGGCAAAUGCUGUCUAGACAACUGGUUCAUGCUGUCAACCAUACUGGGGGUAAUCAUCGGAUUUGCUGUUGGAUUUGGCCUCAAGCAGGUCCACCUAGGAGAGGUGGCAAAGAUGUGGCUUCGUGUACCUGGUGACAUUUACAUCCGACUUCUGACGCUAACAAUUCUUCCAAUGAUUGCGUCAAGCAUCAUCAGUGUGCUGGCGAGUUUGAAUCCACAAGAAAAUGGCAAGGUCAGCGGUGUUGCAUUGGGCUAUAUCCUGUCGUCAAAUUUAAUCUCCUCGCUGAUCGGUCUUACGUUCGCAAUAAUAAUCAAACCAGGAUCCUACAUGGCCGCUGAAGUUGCCAACCCUGCACAGCGACCAAGCGGUCUGAUCCCCUACAUUUUCCGUGACCUUCUCUACAAUUUCUUCCCGGACAAUAUCUUCGGGAUAGCCAUCAAUGUGGCGAUCAGCGAUUUUGAUAAGCCACAAACAACACCAAAUAAUGAGACAACUUACAAUUUAAAAAACAUUGAGGGAACAAAUAUGAUCGGCGUUCUCUUCUGCUCCGUUCUUUUUGGAAUUGGGAUAAACAGAGUGAAUGAGAGGGGUGUGCCCUUCAAGGAGUUCUUCCAGUCAAUGUGUGAGGUCGUGAUGUAUGUGAUGCAGAAAUUACUCCUAACAACACCAGUUGGAGUCUGUUUCAUGGUCCUCAGCUCUGUCGUCUCGGCCGAUGACAUUGGAAGCAAAUUUAAGGCCAUUGGCAUGUUUUUGCUCUUCAACGUCGUCGGAACUGUCGUCCACUUGCUCUUCCUCUGCCUGUCUCUCCUGGUGGUAAAGAAGAAUCCCUUCCGUCUGUUGCGCCACUGCCUCCAACCCUGGUUCAUUGCUUUUGCCACUACCAGCGGGACCAUUGCCAUUCCCAGAUGCUUCGAAGCCGCGGAUGCGUAUGGUAUCCGAAAAUCUGUGUCGCGCUUUGUGCUGCCUCUCGCUGGAACAAUGAAAUCGGACGCCGCUGCUUAUUUCAUUGUCGGUUCCUGCCUUUUUGUAGCACAGGGCAUGAACAUUGAUCUGGACCCUGCCAAGCUUGUGAUUAUUGUCCUUCUUGCCACGGCUUACGUUACGGCCCUGCCCAAUAUCCCGAGUGCUAGCGUUGUAGCCAUCAUAACAAUCUUGUCCUCAAUUGGAGUGGGAAGCAAAGACGAUGUCUCCAUCCUCUACACUGUGGAGUUUAUAAAUGACCGGUUGCGAUCAGGCAACAUUGCCAUUUCGCACAUGUUCUGUACGGCCUUUACCUAUCACCUCUGUGGGGCGGACCCGGAAGACGAGACAGAGGACGAUUCUGAGGGAAAAGAAAGCCUGCAACCGGAUGAGUUGAAGUGGGGCAAACUUUCAAUUAGUGAAAGGGACGAUUCUGAUCCGGAUCUACUCCUCACGCAACAAAUCUGA